AUGGCUCCAAACACCAGGAGUACUCCGCGGGAUGCAGGCGAGGGAUCUACAGGUGGAGGAUCUGCAACACCCGCGGAUGGAGGUACCGAAGCCUUGGGAUCGGGAUCAGGAACUACAGGUUCUAGCCAAUCAGGAGCUACGGGACGCUCUCGGCCGGCGCCUACUGUCGCCAACCAGGCGUACUACAACGGGCGGCUGAUCAAUGAGACGCCCCCGACAUCUAUGGCGCCUAUUCGGGAGGCUCUGAUUGGCCGGGAGGACUAUACCAUGUGGGCGGACUACGCGAUACGCCAACUCCGCGUGUUUCGGAUGUCUCAGCUUGUUGACAAGAGCGUACCAAGGCCGCGGAUCGGGGAUCCGGAGUAUGAAGUAUGGGAGGAUCAUUCAAUUGUUGCAGCUAAUUGGCUAGUUGGGCAACUAUCCAAGGAACUAUUCCGUCGUGUCAGCCAAUCACCUUACCCGUCGGAGUUUGCUGACGACGCUUGGACCGCUAUUAAGCGCGUUGUCAUGGGCAAUGGGGUACCCCAGAUUUCGAAGGCGGCACUAGCGCUUUUUGACAUGCGGGCGGCCCAAUUUGGCAAGAUUAGCGAGUUUAUCGGCGCUUAUUUGGAUGCAUGGGAUGUAGGGAACCAAUUAGGGGUCGCGCCGACACCGGGGGUUGCCGCGAUCUUUAUACUUCGGGAGAUCAAGGCGGAGAUGACCGCAUGGGUGGUGGUGAAGGAAUCGACGAUUACGGAAGCGAACCUUAAAUCGUGUACGGAAGAUCACUUCCGGCGCUUGUGUGACGACGCACGCGCCCAAGCGGAGUCAAAUGAGGAGAUGCAGAAGAUCCCAUUGGCUGCUUCGGCCAAUAAGCUCAACAGGGGUCCGGAUAUCCCUGCAUUAGCGCUUAAGGGUCCGGGGGAGGGCGUCUCUGACAAGGAUCACGCCAAUGAGAUGCGUGGGAUUAAGCCUCAAACUGACGCUAAUGGCUACUGCGCUUACUGUGGCUGCGGGAGGCACAUGGCUCGCGGAUGUUUUUACCUGCGGCCCGACCUGCGGCCCGAGGGAUGGACGCCACGGCACGGGAUCUGGGCGUUGAAGGAUGAGAGCAAGGACCAAUCAGAGCUCCCUGCACCGAUGUCUGGGAUGGCGUUGAGAUCCUCUGAUUGGUCGGAUUGCUCGUCGGAGGAAGGGUUACCAGUUACUCGGUACGAAAGCGGGUAUUAG